GUCAAUAUGAAGCAACGAUCUUCCCAAACCGUCCAGUAUUAUUACGGAAUGUUGAUGCUUGUUGUGCUGCUGCUACCAAUUCCGCUCCGGUGUCAGGGAGCGGUAGCGUCUUCCAACACAAUCUUUGUAAAUAGCAUAGUUCCCUCGAUAAGCAACAUAAGUGUUAGUGCACCGAUAAGUUCCGAUAACAACCAAGUGCCUUCGGUGGGAGUGAUAUCUGCUCCCACACCAUUGCCAGCCGCUCCAUCGUCGUCGGUGACAGCUUCACUGUCAAGUUCCGGCGGUGCACCAACCACUACUUCUACGGGUUCCGUAGACUAUAGCAUCCAGGAACUAACCAAGUCACUGGAAACAACGUUUGACCAUAUCCGAAAUGGAGAGCUGAGUAUUCCAAACGUGCAGAAAUUGUACGACAACAUGGAAAUAAUAACAACGAUCCACAAUGAUGUUGAGCUGUUAGAGAAAAUCGCGCUUAAACUAACUCGUAAGCUAAACCAGACCAUAUCGGUGAUCGAAGAGCUGCGUCGAUACAUCCAACACACUGGCAGCAAGUACGGUGCCAAGUACAACACCCUCAUCAAUCCAUGUCCUUACAGUGAGCUCAUAAACCCGUGGGAAGAUGAGGCUCCGUUUGAUCUGCAAAGCUUCAUUCAGAGCACGAAAGUAUCGAACGUUUCACUUAACAAGUCGUACUCUUCGUCGGGCGAUGUACAGGCGAACGGCAAUGGUCCAAACAGCAGCGCUGUCGGCGGUUUCCUAGAUUUCAGUGCCUUUCCAGCAAAUGCGGAUUCGGAUCGUCCAAGAAUACGCGUCACCGAUCAGACGAUCGACGAUAAUAACGCUAACCUGCAGCAGCUGUUUACUGAGCACAGUGCUCUGAUGGACGAGAACUAUCUCAGUUACCGUCAGCAGUUUUAUCUAUCCUCGCUGGACCAUGCAAGCGCCUACAAAUGUCACUACUAUCCGAGGGACGGACGGCUUAAAGCACUGUUCCUGUCGGCUGUGCGGAGUAAGCAUGUGUUGAUAUUGCUUGACGUCGGCAACACCAUCACCUACGACCAGCUGGAGGUGGCCAAAGCUAUCAGCAAGUUUGUGCUGUAUCUGCUAAACGAAAAUGAUCGCAUUGCGGUAGUAGCGGUCGGACAGCGCGUGACUACGUCGGACGACUUUUUUGACUGUCAAAAGCCGAAUCGAUUCGUCCGCGCCACCAUGGACGAAAAGGAUCGAUUGGUAGAUUUUAUUGAUUCGUUAAAUCGCACCAAACAAGCGACGGAUCAUACCGCAGGGUUUCAUUAUGCGUUUGAAGCAUUCGCAGACAUUUAUCGGACACACGACGAUGAGGUUCCGGUAGUGUUUUUGUAUCUUGGUCGAGCACUGUUACCAGCUGGAUCUGCUGCACCCAAAAACAUCCUGCAAACCAUUCACGAGGGCCAGACGCGACUUCCCUAUCCGGUCAUUAUCAACAGUUGCCUGAUAUUGCUGGAUGAACGGGAGGUUGCCCAGGAAAAGCAACUCAUCGUGGACAUAAGCACCCAAAACUACGCGCGAUACAACCUGUCGCUGGUUAUCUACCCACCUGGAAAGAUGGUAAUGAUAUCGAAGCAUUCGUUCGAUGCGCAGCGAUUUAUAGUGGCCUUAAUGGAACCAUUUUUAAGCGCGAGUCGCUUUAUCGAGGAACAUCUGCGAAUACAUUUACCGUACUACGACCCAUCGCUGCAAGAUACGGUCGUUACCGUAAGCUAUCCAGCGGGAGUUCAUGGUCUGGUUGGAGUCGAUCUGUAUCUGAGCGAUUUGGCGGAACAUAUUGCGUACUACAGGCAGCAGGAUGAUUCGUAUGCGUUCCUCAUCGACGUGCAGGGCAAUACGAUUAUGCAUCCUUCCUUCCCACGACCAUUGGCCGCUCGUGGCAGCUUCUACAUUACGAACAUAACGCGCCUAGAGCAUGAACAUUUCGCUGCUGCGUACAAACGGAUGGUGGCCGAACUAGAGGGCAAUCUGCGCAUCAAUCAUUACGGCACGAACCGUACCACCAUGUACUACUGGAAGCGUGUGUAUUCCUACAUUGUGUGUAUCGUCCGAACGCUCGGUGUCGAUUCCGGGUCUAAUUCGUUGGAUGUCGAUGAGUCCGGGACGUUCAUCUCGCCAGUACACUUUCUGCAUCCGAUGACAGGCGGCGGAAGUAGCGAUGGGCGUAAUAGUGUUGAGUACAAUUUCAUAGCCGCCAGCAGUAUCACGACGCGAAAUCUGCUAUCUACGUUGCUUUAUCACCGUAUUGAUAUUUUCCCGCCACAAUUGCAACGACCGCCGCCCAUUGAUCUGCUGCAAUCCGUUGGCGAAUCCGGAUCGCUGUGUCGGUUAGUGAAGCAGUUGGCCGUAUUUGAUGCGAGUACGCUGUACCUGAGCGCUUCUUCGUUCCAGUCACCAUUCACUCACAUUCGCAACAAUCGAGACGGUGCAAGUGAAGAACUGAACGUGCGCACAAUACAAAACAUAAUGGCAUACCUGAAGGACACUUAUGGCAAGUUACUGUUUGCUAAUCCUGGUUUGCAGCCUGAUGUGCGUAGUGACGUGCUGGCCCUGUUACAAAUACUGUACGAUUAUCAAUUGCGCCAUGGCCAAAGCAACCUUAGUCGGUAUGUCGUACGACGUUAUGCGGCCUCCGUCAAUGGAGUGCUGCAGAUGUUCCCGGGUGGUUUGCUCGAUACGGACCUGGAGCCAACGAAGCGGCCAUGGUUUGUGAAAGCGAUGGAAUAUCCAGGACGGUUGGUGUUCACUCAGCCCUAUCUUGAUGCUGGUGGUGCGGGCUAUGUUGUGAGUGUUGCUUAUGCAAUAUCUGAAGGACGAACCGGUUCGGGAGCUGGCAAUAACCCUCACAAAGCAAUUGCCGUUGUUUCGAUGGACUUUACGCAGACAUUCUUCUACAAGCUGUUGCUCGAUUCGUCUGCCGUCUGCAGUAUGGAUAAUAUUAAAUGCUUCCUAAUGGAUGAUCGAGGAUAUCUGGUAGCGCAUCCGAUGCUUGCCGAAGCUCCAGUACGAUCGAGAAACACACGACGCCCGAUCGAACACAUUACACACAAAGAAUCCCAAGUGGCCAACGACAUUCUCAACCACAAACAGCUGGUUACGAAGAAAAUGUGCUACAACUAUGUGAACCGAACGGUGCAACGGUUCUACCAGUUUAAUAUGAGCCUGUCCAUCGACGACGUCAUAACCAAUCUUAUGUACGGUGAGAAAACAAAGUACCAGAUUGCACUAAUUCCGGGCACGAAUCUGUUCCUCGGUAUCGUUAACUCCACCAACGAUGGUGGUGCAUUUUGUCCUUGCAGUACGGUUGGAAACUCAUGCCUCAACUGCAACCGAAUGGAGCAAACGGAAUGUGAAUGUCCUUGCGAGUGUCCUUUAGAUUAUGGUGUUGCGGAUGGAGAAGGAAGCUGUACGAUGCAGCCUAAACGCACGAAAUCGGCCAGCAGUUUUCCGGUUCCACUAUGCUCUCCGCUGCCCGAGGAACUGAUUUCCAUGAGUGCCAUCAAUUAUGAGGCAGAUUACGAGCUGAAGAGCUGUACAAACAUUAUCUGUGAGGAUUACACGACACAGAGCGAGUGUAUGGGAUUGGUUGGCUGCGAAUGGUGUCAAGUCGAUGUGGAUGGUGAAAAUCGUCUCAAUACUCCAUUUUGUACGGCACAGCUUGCCUGUUUCAAUGGGAUAUUCGGAGCACCCACACCGUACGGUGAUGCCGCUUACACCGGUAACAACAUGGAGUCCAUUCUGCCACCCGCUUACAGCUCGAUCGGACCCGUCGCUGGUGCUAUUCUUGCGCUUUGUCUUGUGGUUGGUUUCGCGAUGUACUGCUUCCGCCAGAACGCCGAUCAGAGUGGAGCCUCGGAACAUUUGUACGACGAUUUAGUCGCGGAUCACUGUCACGGUUUGCCGUUGUCUCGUUUCGAUCUGGAUGACGGUAGUCCAUCCGAUGAUUGUGACAUUAGUCGCACAAAUGCGAAACAAAAUUUGCUGCUAAACGGGCAGCACAACGCAAACUACAUGAUUAUCCCGAACGUAGCAUCACCGUACCAGAUGUCCUCGGAUUAUCGGCGUCCGAAUGGGGGAGGCGGUGGAGGUUCAUCCGAUCAUGGCUACUCUACCAUGACGCACCAUGAAGAAUCGGAGCAUCUGUGCCUAUCCAAUGUGGAUCCGCAAGGUAUUCCGACCGGGAACAGUGGCCAUGGUGGCCAUGGUGCGGGCAACAAGCGAUUGUCCAUGUCAGACAGCGCAUCUAUCAGCACAUCCGUCUCAAGCCCGUACAGCAAUCAUACGGGCGGACCGGGAAGCUCCUUCCUGUCAAAGCCUCCGAUGCUUAAUGAAGCGAAAAUGAUCGGUACGACAGUGGAUCGGUUCACCGAUCCCGUCAUGCAAACGUUACUGCCCUCACCUACGUCCGUUUCAAGGACGGGUGUACUGGGGAGUACGGUGCUGUCGCCGGGAUCACCCGUAUCGACCACUACCAGCGGUCAUCAUAUCCUCGUCCCUGUAACCGUCCAUCGAAAUAUGGAAGUUUCCUAAA